AUGGACCGUGAGAAUCAAAGUGUGGUGACAGAAUUCAUCCUGAUUGGAUUUUCCAGUUUCCCCAACUUGCAAGUCCUACUCUUUCUGGUGUUUUCCAUCACAUACUUGGCCAUUUUGGCUGGAAAUAGCAUCAUUGUCACAACAAUAAGGUGCGACUCCAGUCUCCACAUCCCCAUGUAUUUCUUCCUUGCCAUGCUCUCCAGUUCAGAAAUCUGCUACACGUUUACCAUUGUCCCCAAUAUGCUUGUAAAUCUUCUAAAAGAAAAGGCAACUAUUUCAUCCAUUGGCUGUGCUACUCAGAUGUGCCUAUUUCUGGCCCUUGCAGGUACAAACUGUAUGCUUCUCACCGUGAUGGGGUUUGAUCGCUAUGUGUCCAUAUGCAAACCUUUACAUUACCCGGUUCUAAUGAAUCAGAGAACUUGUACUGAACUGGUAAUCUUUUCAGCAACAACUGGUUUUCUUUUUGCUGUACUCAUGACAAUCCUCAUAUUUACCUUGCCCUUCUGUGGGCCAAAUAAAAUCCAUCACUUCUUUUGUGAUUUGGCACCUUUACUUCAGCUGGCCUGCGCUCGAAAUUAUAUGGGGGAAAUUGUCAUUUUUCUUAUUUGCAUUUUAAUGGUAGUGGUCUCAUUUUUUCUGAUCCUCCUUUCAUAUAUUUUAAUCUUAAACACAAUCCUGAAAAUCCCCAAUGCAGAGGGCAAACGCAAAGCCUUUUCGACUUGUGCCUCCCAUCUGAUUGUGGUCGUUGUGCACUUUGGAUGUGCUUCUGUUAUUUACCUGAGGCCCCAAUCCAGAUACACUUUGAAUGAGGACAUGUUUAUCUCUGUCACGUACACGCUGGUGACUCCAUUGCUGAAUCCUGUCGUUUACAGCCUGAGGAACAAGGAUGUCCAAGUAGCACUCAAGAAAUCCCUGGGCAGAAGCACUUGCACCUGGAAGAUAUAA